CAAGUUCGAAACAUGGCAAUAAUCUUAUUCGUUCUGUAGAGACUGCAGAACUUCAAUCUUGUGCUCGAUACUGGCUCUUUGAGUUGCAACAACCUCAUGCACCUCUUGCGGAUCGAAUGUACCCGACUGUAACCCCUCACAAUCAUCGAUAUACAAGGCUACCUCCUCCCUCCUGGAGAUGGAUUAUGGCUCAGGAUCUGCGCGAGGCACUGUCGCUCAAGAUAGCGUCACCUUCGGGUCUUUCGAAAUGUCUCAGGAACUACGUAUGUUGAUCAGGGCGACUUAGUCUGGUUCAGACCUAACCUUAUUUUGAUGAUAGUCGCUGUGAGUGACAUUACCUCUGGUUUGAUUGACGAUGGGCUCUUAGGUAUCAUGGGUCUCGGGUUUGCCUCGAUUUCUGCUCUCCAGACUACCCCUUUCUUACAAUCCCUGUAUAACGGCAACGAUCUUUCAGAACCCUUGUUCUCUUCCAACCUCGAACGCCAUCUCAACCAAUUCUGCCCCGGGUAGUAUGCUUAUACUCGGGGGAACGAAUUCGG